AUGCCUACCAACAAUAGAGACCUUUUCGCGUCCCGGAAGGCGUGCUACGCGGUGAUCGUGCUUCUCGCCGCGCUGCUCGCGAGCAGCAGUGUCGCAGUCGCAGGAAUUUUUAAGGGCAAAUACACGCGCUGGCACGCGGCAUGCACGCGCUUGCUCGCGCAGGCCCGCGCUGUCUCGCGCAAGCGAGCACACGCAGAGAACAACGUGAUCACGCAGGCGGGCGCGCAUGUGCUGGGGGUAGAGGGGGAGGGGGAAGGAGAGGGGGAGGGGCGACGGCAGGCAGGUAGAUUUUCGGGGGCAUCAUGGGCCAUCACAGCAGUGAGCGCAGUGGAAAUGGCGUACGCGUUAGUGGCUGCCUCGACGCCCUCCAUGGAUCCCCCACAACGCUUAUCAGUACAGCAGAUACUAGACUGCAGGAACAGCACGAGCAGCAGCUGUGUGGCGAGCGGGUGGCCGACGGCAGCGCUGGACUACAUGGUGGACGCCACGAUGCAGUGGGGGGGGCUUGCGAGCGAGUCUGGCGAAGCAGCAGGCGACGACCAUAGGCGUGAUGGGGUACGACCAGGUGGACUACUACGGCUGGCUUGGCCUUCUCCUCGCUGUCAACCGCCCAAGCUGUGCCAGUCACUGCAGAACCCAUGUGGGGGGGGCACGUGCGAGGAGGUGAUGGAUAGCUUCUACACGUGCUCGUGCCUGGACUCGCUCUUCAUUCCCGUCGCCGACAAGGGUGGCGCCCAGACGUGUGUGUUCGCUCCCCUUGCGCCUCUUCCCCUUCUCCUGCACCUUUUUCCCUCCCCUGGCCCCUCUUCUCCUUCCCUCCCCCCACUCCCCCCUUGUACCUUUUCCCCUCCCCUUGCCCCUCCGCCCACUCGCUCCCUGCCUGCCAGCUGGCAUGUGCAGCCAAAGGACGACACCGACGUGUGCAGCCAGCAGGACGAAAACCCAUGUGUGGUCGGCACGUGCAUCAACGACAAUGCGGGCGGCUUCUUUUGUCUCUGUCCGCCGGGAUUCGAUCAGGGGUACCGCCCCAACGGCGCUCGCACAUGUGUCCCAGCCUCCAACCCCUCCUACACCGUCAUCUUCCCAAUAUACAUCAGCUGUCCGCUAGUCUACCAGCUCUACGGCCUCACGGAGGAGGCGUUUCUCGCUCAGAACCUCAACCUGGGAAUCGACCACUGUGAGACCAUCCCUGCCAACACGGUAGUGAGCGUGGCACCACCCCUCAAGGGGGCCGUGUACUGUGCGCUCUACUACUCGUGGACGGAAAAUGACACGUGUGAGGGCGUGGCGGACAGUUUCUGGCUCACAGUGGACGACUUUCUGACGCUCAACCCCGGAAUCAACUGCACGGAUUGCACCGCCUGGAACGCUCCGACUGUGAUCCAGCAGCUGUGUGUGGCGAAGGGCAGUGGCGGAGGAAACGUGCCUACGCUACCCAUGUGCACGGCAUGGUACACGGUGCAGUCGGGGGACACAUGCGAGAGCAUCAUGACGGAUUUCUCUCUCAACCAAACCGCCUUCUUCUCACUCAACCCGGGCGUGGGCUGCGACAGCCUCUUCGCAUCUGUUGGGGGCAGCAGCCUCGGCUGGAGUGGGGGUGUUGUGCAGGUGAGCGGUGGGGAGCAGGUGAGGGGUGGGAUGCAGGUGUGUGUGGAUGCAUACCUGGUGGAAACCUCGGGCUCACCCACCCCUCGCUUACUCCGUGAGCUCUUCUCCACUUCCUCACUCGUUCCCUCCACCCCUACCCUCUCUUUCCAAUCCUCCUCUUCUUCCUCUUCUUUCUCCUCCUCUUCCUCCUCUUCUUCCUCCUCUUCCUCCUCUUCUUCCUCUCCCUCGUCUCUCUCAACACGAGGAAGACUGCUCAUCCCCUCUCCCUCCGCUCAACCAAUGAGAGGGCGCCAGCUGGCGGUGUCAAAGAAGCGGUGCCUGGCGUUUUACUCAGUGACGCGGGGGGACUUUUGUGCGCGCAUCAUAUCGCUCAAGUUCCAGAACAGUGCGAGGAAGCUGGCAGAGCUGAACAAUGGAUACGUGUGUACCAAUGAUAGGCUAUAUGUCGGGCUCUCGCUUUGCACUCGAAGAUAG